AUGACUCCGCUCUGGGCCCUGCUGGCCUUCAACUGCCUGCAACUCGGUUCUGGUGUGGACCUGCAGCCCCAAUUGGCCAGCGUGAGCCUGGCCACCAACAACCCCACCCUCACCACCGUGGCCUUGGCGAAGCCAGUCUGCGUGUUUGACAGUGCUGGACCCCUGCCUGGCGCCUACGAGGUUUUCCUGUACGCUCUGGUGGACUCUGGGCAUGCCUGGAAUGCUUCCAUUCAGGACGCCAAUGGGGUGCCACUGGACACCUCAUUCCGGCAGGCAGAGGGAGGCAAGCGUGGCCCUUACAAGGCCUCAGCCUUCGCCCCGGAGCCCUGUGGGGACGUGCCCGGCUUGGAAGCCUUCGGGGACCCGUCGCGAGCUUCGGACCUUCUGAGCACCUACCUCCUUCGCGUGGGCGAUGACUCGGCCUGCCUGUCUGACCCCAACUUCCAGGGUCUCUGCAACCCGCCGCUGUCAGGGGCCACAGAGUACAGGUUCAAGUAUGUUCUGGUUAACAUGUCCAGUGGCCUGGUGGAGGACCAGACGCCGUGGUCUGACCCCUUUCGCACCAGCCAGCUCACCCCAUACUCAACCAUCGACACAUGGCCGGGCCGGCGCAGUGGGGGCAUGAUCGUUAUCACGUCCAUCCUGGGCUCUCUACCCUUCUUCCUGCUUGUCGCCUUUGCGGGCGCCAUCAUCCUCAGCGUCAUGGAUAUGGGCAGUUUUGCAGGGGAAGCCACACAUGACUCCCAGAUCACGCAGGAGGCCACCCCCACGUCACUGGGCACCGCCGACCUUCCUUACCCGUCUGCAAACCGGGGGCCACCCCUGGACAGGCCUGAGGUGUAUGUGAGCAAACUCCCGGACUGA